UACCAAAUCUAUCAACUUAGAUAGCGAUGCUUAUAAAUAGUAGCGUCGCGAGAAAAAAAAAAUAUGAGAACAACAUGUCAACAUAUUUUCCUUGGAACUCCAGUUCGGGCUUGUUCCUUUCUGUAACAACAUCCAGCUUCACGACGACUAAGCCCAUCUCACAUCAAUACGUUGUAUAUCUACCACCAUUUCUUUGCACUUUAGACUGGCAUUUAAUAUCUACCAUCAUAUCGAAGUCCUGACAGCGCGCUAUACCGCAAGACCUCUAAGAAAACUAGUCAAGUCCGGCACUUGGCCAGUUUGCAGUAACAAGACAAGCAUCGUCAUACGAAGCUAUAUUCCAAUCAAUCACAUCACCGUCAAUGAUGGAUUCGUAAGACCAUAACAACCCCUCAUACUAAAGCAUCAAAAGAGCUAACACAGCAAAUGAGUUACAUGUCAGCAUGGACGAGAGCGGCAACCAGGCGAGCGGCUCGGUACCAGGGCUACCUCCGCCUCAUGUCUGGUCGUUAUGACCCCCGGCUCACGAAAGCUACGCGAAUCGACACUCCUGCGCGAUCAGAAUCUCAGAUCACGCAUGACCAUAAUACGACAGAGCCGGAGCGCCGCGAAGCUCUGAGCGGUGCUAUUGCUCCCAAGCACCAGGAAGAGGAGGCGAUAAAGCCUUCGAGCCCCAAGAUGAUCAGGACAGUGAAGCCACACGACGAGAGAUGUCGCACACGCUUCAAAGGGGGAACAUCGCAUCGACCCAAGCCUAAAGGACAAAUUUCCCAACAAACCGUCCCAAUCAGACCGCCCGGCCCGAAAAAGCAAGGGGCUCUCAAGAAACCUCGAAAAGAAAUCACUAUGGCUAAUACGGUCAUCACGAACACCGCAAGCGAAAGUUCUAUCGAUGACUGGGAAUGUUCUGACGACGACGACGACGACGACGAUGCUGAUGACGACUUCGACGACACCUUGAUAAUGGAGGAACAUCCCCUCAAGCGCUACCCGGCGGUGGACGACUCUACCUUCUUAGAAAGAAUGGAGGUGCCAACCCGCGCACAACCACGCCGAAGCCUGCUUACGGAGCAGAUCGCCAAAAACACGGUUAGAUACACGGCAGCGGACAAAGUGGCUAUGGACAGGCAGCGUUGUAUAACGCAGCGGUCGCUUGGGGCGGCACAGAAAUGGGAAACGACGGGAAGGGAAGCGGGUUUACUACGACCAUACAUGACCGAGGCCGGCGAGGGGUGGGGCUUUGAACAGCCGGAUCUGCUUGGGCCGCCCGUGGUUAAGGGAUACGGGAACCGGCCAUGAUGCCGCCGUUGAACCGGAUUGUCACGACAGCGUACCGGUAUGCCGUAUCUGACAAGUUUGACGGGGCCGGUUACUUACUUAUGGGCGUACAUGCCCACGGUCAGCGCUACGGCGCAUAGAUAUUGAGGGAUUUAAGAAGAGGAAGAUUUAUGGCGUUUUGGUCAAGAGCGAGAGUGCAUCAUGCUAGGCGUUUUGGCGGACAUGUGUGGGAUGAUAUUCAUGCGAAUAUACUUUCAAAUUUGAGACCCAGGCAUAAAGAUUGGCGAGGCGUUUUUGAAUAGAAAAAGGCAUUGGGGCCUCAUGGCGGUGGGCAUUCACAGCGGUUUUCAAUCCUAGAGUAGGAGGAUCAUGGUAUGAUACAGGAAUGAGAAGGACUAAUUGCGGGAUUUGAAACGCAUCCUAGCGCGGGGGAAUAAAAGAGAGACUGCUACAAGGAAUAAACGCUCAACGGCGUUGAAGGAUUAAUGCUAAUACCAUGUAAAUGGAAUAUGACAUUGUCGUUGCUGUUUUUAUCAUUGUCAAGAAUGAGA